AUGGAUAGCCUGAUCGUACCAACAUCGCCAGAAUCGCCACUAGCCGCCGCCGCCGCCUCGGCCGUCGGCGCUCCAAACACGGAAAUCUGGGAGGUGGUGCUCGUCGCCUCGUGUCCCGUCAUUUUCAUCGUAUUCCUUUGCCUCUGCGUCAUUUGUCUGGUUGUGCGAAGCUAUGAGCAACCGAACAUCGCAGACGUGCGCCCAAUCCGCCGCCAAAACACACCAAUCGCCUCGAUUCUUCGCCAAUUGCCGCCGCCGCCAAAAUACGACAUCGCAGUCUUGUCUGUCGAUGCCCCACCACCAUUGUACACCGACAUCGGAAAAGAGCCGCCACUGCGCACGACGCCAUCCGGCGGCCGUCCGAUUCUUCAUCGCCAAUUCGCUGAACAUCGUCAUCUGACGACGCCGACAGUUCAGCCGCUCAAUAUUCAAUAUUUGUAUCCUCCAAGAUAUGAGGCCGCUGUCGAUGAGACCGCCAACAAACCCAACGCGACCACCACCACGCCGCCUCGUGUAGCUCACGUCGUCGUUGAGUUGACACCAUCGUCGUCUUCCGGGUCUUCGACCACCUCUACCUCCACCUCAUCCUAA